AUGCCGCCGAGGAGGCGCAGCGCUCGUAAAGCCGGCAGCGCGGUGCCGAAGCAGCAUGUCGACGGGGCGCCGGUGUGUGUGAAGAAGGAGCUCAGAGACGAGGAGGCGGAGGCGGCGGACGACGCCCACGCAGAGAAGAAGCAUGUGGCGAUGGUGGCAGAGCAGUCACAUCGAGACGAAGAGUGUAGACGAGCAGAGGACCGGCUUGAGGGCGCCGGCGAGGUCAACGGCGAAGCCGCGCCAGGGUCUCCCGAAGGCUCGCAAGAAGCGCGCGAGGACGAGGCAGCCCAGUUGGAGGAAAGACACGGUGCCGAAGACGGCGGCGGAAGGGAUGGCAGCACCUCCUCCACUUCCUCGGCCGCACGACUGUCAACCUACACACCACCGCGCUUCCCGUCGACUCGGACGAGCGGGACGGAGCUGGAGCUCAUUCACCCCGCCAUGACAACCACGCAUCCGUCGCCCCGGGCGUCUGCGCGAUGCGACAGCGACGCUGGCGACCUCACGCCCCAUUCGCGCCUCGUCAUCCGCGACAUUGACGUGGAGAACUUCAAGUCCUACUACGGCACCCACCGCAUCGGGCCGUUCCACAAGACGUUCACGGCGGUGAUCGGCCCCAACGGGUCCGGCAAGUCGAACGUGAUUGACUCCAUGCUUUUUGUCUUCGGCCGGAAUGCGAAGAAGAUCCGGCUGGAGAAGCUGGCGGAGGUGAUCCACAACUCCGCCGCUCACCCGAGCCUGUCCUACGCAUCUGUGACCGUGAACUUCAUUCGCCUGCUAGAGACCGCCGCGGAGGAGAAGGACUCGGAGCAGCGGCAGGAGGUCGCCGGCAGCGAGCUGAGCAUCAAGCGGGAGGUGUUUCGCACCGGCGCGUCUCAGUACUACAUCGACGGGGUUCGCCGCACGCAGAAAGAGGUUAUGGAGUGCCUCAUCAGCCAAGGCGUCGACCUGGACCACAAUCGCUUCCUGAUUCUGCAAGGCGAGGUGGAGCAGAUCGCGCUCAUGAAGCCCAAGGCGGAGAAGGAAGGCGAGGAGGGUCUACUGGAGUACCUCGAUGACCUCAUCGGCACUAGCCAGUUUGUGGGCCGAAUCUCGGACAUGACGGCCACCGCCGAGACGGCGCAGCUGGCUCGGCUCGAGGCGCUGGACAAGGAACGUAAGCUCAAGGCGGAGCGCGAAGCGCUGGACGAGGCCAAGAACUCAACGCUGUCCUUCGUCACGAAGGACAACCAACUCCAGAAGACGCUCAUCGUCAUGUGCCAGCUGCGCAUGCGCGGCAUUGAAGAGAGACUGGAGGAGCCGCGGCGGCUGUUGACGGAGAUUGACGAGCGCAUCAGGUCGAUGGAGAAAGAGGUUGUUCAGCGGCGAGACGAAAAAGCACAGGCCGAGGAGGCGUUUGCCGCGGCGAAGAAGCACGUCGCCGAGGCGCAGCGGGGCCGCGACGCGGUUCGGGCUCGCCGGCAAUCAGCCGAGGCUCACCUGGAGCAGGUAAAGUCCGGUGCCGAUCAGGAGGAGAAGGCGCGUAAGAAAGUGGCAGAUCAGCUGCGCAAGGCCAAGGAGGAGCUGCAGCGGGCGGUUCUCCAUCAACAGGACGCCGAGCGCGAGGCGGCGAUUCACCAGCAGAACCACAACGAGGCAGUCGAGGCCGUAGCGACACUGCAGCUAGAACACGACACGCUCGCUGAGGAGCUGCUGCCAAGGCUGCGCCCCCUCCGCCAGCAGUUGGAGGAGAAGAAAAAGCAUCGUGCCCCAUACGCGCGCGCCGUAACGGAGGCUAAGGAGCAGCUGCGCACCGUGCGAAGCCGGCUUGGCGGGCUGGCGGAUAGCGUCGCAAAGAAGCAGCAGCAGGUGAAGGACUUGGCGGCGUUGACGACGCGCAGCACGGCUCGCGUGGCGGAGCUGGAGCGGCUGCUUCGCGAUUCCGACAGCAAGGACCUGCAGGAGGAGGUGCUGCGGGUGCAGGAUCAAAUUGGCGAGAGCGCGCGCCGCAAGUAUGCCAUCAACAACUCCAUCCAAGAGCUGAAGAACGCCUACCGCGACGGCGAGGCUGACGACCGCGCGAUGGAGUUCUUGCUGGCCCAGCGCUCCCUCAAGGGCUACUACGGCACGCUGCGCCAGCUCGGCCGUAUCGACGACCAGUACGACAUCGCAGCCGGCGUUUCCAGCAACGCGUGGGGCUUCCACGUUGUCGAGGACCGCCAGACAGCGACGGAGGCGCUGAUGCUGCUCAAGCAGAAUAAUAUCGGGCGUGCCACGAUGAUGGUGGUGAGCGAGGUGGAGCGGGAGGUGGGGUCGCGAAUGGCGAAGCCGUUCCAGUGCCCGAAUCCGAAGUCGCGCCGCCUCUUCGACCUCAUCCAGCCGACCAACCCAAAGUUCCGCUGCGUCUUCUACCAGGCCGUGCGUGACACCCUUGUCGUGGAAACACUGACAGAGGCGCGCGAAACGGCCUUCGGCGGCAGCGGACACGACGCGAUGGCCACAGGGACACCAUCCUUGUCCACGGGGGGCGCAGCGAACCAGCAGCGGCAUCGCGUCGUCACUGUCAAAGGCGAGCUGGUCGAGCCGAGCGGCACUAUCACGGGCGGCGGGGCGGCACCCCGCGGCGCAAAGCUGAAAGCCGCUCGCUCGCCACAAGACAAGCAGUCCAUCAAAGAGGAGCUGCAGCGCCUGCAGCAGGACCUGGUUCAGGCCGCCGAGGAGGAGCGUGCGCUGAACGUGCGACUGCACCAGCUGCACGAGCAGGAGUCCCACGUAUACCCAGAGCAGCGGCGCAAGCUGCGGCAUGAACUGAACACUCUCGUCGCGAAGGCCGACGGUGAUGCUGCGCGUCUUGCAUCGCUGCGCAGCGAGCUUGCGCAGUCCACACAGGAGCUGGAGGAAAACCGAGAGCGGCACGAGCAAGCUGUGCGCGACUGCGAGACAGCGCUGCAGAACGCGGAGAAGGCCUACAUUACCCACAACGCGGACGUCGAGGCGUUGGAGGCGCAGGUGGAUGAGGCAGGCGGUGCGCGCUUUAAGGCAGUGGCUGCGUCUCUCACGGCGCAGCAGGAGCGCGCCGACGCCGAGGAGGCGAGCCUGCGGGCGUGCCGCAGACAAGCACAGAAACACCGAGCUACGCAGGAGCGCAAGGCCGCCGACAUAGUCGACUACGAGCAGCAACUCAAGAAGCUCGAGGAAGAAGCGCAGGACAACGCCGAGGAGCAGGUGAGGACGUGCGUGAAAGUGCUGGAGGGGCUCGUGAGGGAGCUGAACGGUGCCGAGGCACAGCUGGCGAAGGCGCAGACGUCGGCUGAGGACGCGCGCGCCGCCGUGCCGGUGGCCAACGGCGCUGCUCUGAAUGCCCAGAAGAAACUGGACGAUGAGCAGCGCUAUCGGCAGACGGAGGCUGCUAAGAUCGCGGACGCGCUGCAGGAGCUGUCGAAGUUCCAGCAGAAAAUCGAAGGCUGCGAGGAGAAGAUCCGCGAGAACGUCGAGCUUUAUGGCAAGGAAACGCUCGGGCAGGGCGACGCCGAGGAUGAAGAGGACCAGGCCGCCGAGGUGGAUGAGGAGGACGGUGACGAAGACGACGAACACGUCAAUGAGGAUGAGAGCGAAGCAGUGCACGGCCGGAAGCGUGCUCGUGCGCGUCCUGGCCGCCGUAGCGAUGAAGCUGCGUUGCACGCGUCGUCCGCCCGCGGCUCCUCUGCGCUCGUGGCAUCGCCGCCGGCCAAGCGAGCGCAUGUGGAGCUGCGUCAGACGACGUUCCGGCUCACUGCAGAGGAGCUAGACGGCUGCGACUAUGACCGCUCGGUGCACCUCGCCAAAGCCCUCAGCGAGGAGACAAAGCGACUGCACAGCGAGAUCGACUUCCGCGCCGUUGCCCUGUGGCGUGAGCGCGAUGUCGCGCAUCGUGAAGCGAAGGCCGUCUACGAGGCGAAAAAGCUUCUCUCCGACGAGGCGGAGCGCGAGCUGCAGACGCUCAAGGGCACGCGCCGCCAGGCCUUCAUGCACACCUUCGAGCACAUCCGACAGCGACUCAAGGAGGUGUAUCAGCUUCUCACGCACGGCGGCGACGCCGACAUGGAGCUGGUCGAUGUAAAUGACCCGUUUGAGGGCAUCAACUUUGUAGUGCGCCCACCGAAGAAGUCGUGGAAGCAAAUCUCGAACCUGUCCGGCGGCGAGAAAACGUUGUCUAGCCUCGCCCUCAUCUUCUCUCUGCACCACAUCAAGCCCACGCCGAUCUACGUGAUGGACGAGAUCGACGCGGCGCUCGACUUCCGCAACGUUUCCAUUGUGGCGAACUACGUGCUGCGCCAGGCCCGCGGUGCGCAGUUCAUCAUAAUCUCCCUCCGCAACAACAUGUUUGAGGAGGCGCACCAGCUGGUCGGCGUGUGCAAGGUGAACGACACUACCUCCACGCUCGUGCUGAUGCCGCGCAGCUUCCGGCGACUGAUCGGCACACAACUCGCUGAGGCAGCAUCGGAGCAGUGGCGGAAACGUAGUGAGCGUCGUCGCAGUUGCCACCAGCUGGGAGAAGCAGGGGUAGCGAGAAACGCCGAUGGCGGCGACGUGGACGGUCACGCGCGCAGCCCGCGCACCUCCGUUGUCCAUCAGCCGCACACGCCAUCCAGCGGGGCUCGACCGACCGUCGGUGACGCGUCUCCCAUGUCGACCUCCACAUGGCCCCGUUCCUCUGGUAGCGUCGACGGCGCGCGCGACUCGCGCAAGAGCGUUCGCUUCGCCAGCGUCAACAGCGCGACAGCGGUGGCGGCGGACGAUAAUGCGUACUCGGAGCCAUAG